AUGUUCCAGUACAUCACGGCGGAAGAGGUGCUCAUGCCAGCGGUCACGAAGAUGGGCGGCGAAAAGGAUUUCGUACCGCUGCGCACGUUGCGGGGCGACAAGGACGUGCAAGUGUACUUCAACAGCGUGCUCAAGAGGCCUGUCUGGUCCGACGAGGACUUCGAGAUGUUUUUCGAGAGUCGCCCUGGCGUGUGGGAGAUCGACCGCGACGAGGAGAGUGGCAGGUGCGCCUGCGGAGCAAGAAGGAGCAGCUGGCCAACUCGCUGCGAAGGUCGACCAACUUCGCCGAGGUGGCGACCUCCAUCAGCUCCGCGGGCCACCUGGACGUCUGCGAGAUGA